CCUGUUCUUCUCUCUGACACUUCUUGUGGGUCCGCUUCGUCAUCCUCCUGGUAUUAAUAUACAGCCGCGGUGCUGCUUAAGACAGGCAUCAACAAAGGAGAGACCACAGCUCUCUCCCUCUCUCUCUCUCUCUCUCUCUCUCUCUCUCUCUCUCUCUCUCUCUCUCUGAGCACAAGAUGGGAGCUCCACUUUCUGCGUGGCCUUGGGAGAAUUUGAGUAAAUUCAAGUAUUUGUUAUAUGCACCCUUGAUAGUAAAAGGUUUUAAUUUGAGAGGAGAGGAAGAAGCACUGAACUGGUGCUUCCACAUCCUAGCAAUAUCUGCAUUGAGAGGUUUUGUGCAUCAGCUAUGGUAUUCAUACAGCAGUAUGUUGUUUCUCAGCAACAAAUACAGAAUCAUAAAAAAGGGGGUGGAUUUCAAACAGAUAGACAGAGAAUGGAACUGGGAUAAUUUCAUCAUGCUCCAAGCUUUCAUGGCUGUUAUAGUCUGUUAUUCGUUCCCUUUGAUAGGGGAUCUUCCUCUAUUCAAUUCCAGAGGUUUUAUUUACAUGUUGGUACUUCACAUUGGGAUUACAGAGGCCUUGUAUUAUUCGAUACACAGGUUGUUUCACUCGGAAUACCUCUUCAGCCGUUAUCAUUCUCUGCAUCAUGCUUCUGCAGUACCACAAUCUUUUACAGCUGGAACCGGUACCUUCUUGGAGCAUCUAAUUUUGGGUUUAAUCAUGGGGAUUCCCAUGUUGGGGGCCACAUGGAUGGGCGGCGCUUCAAUCACCAUGUUCUAUGCCUAUGUGCUGACAUUCGACUUCCUAAGAUGCAUGGGACACUCCAAUAUUGAAGUGAUGCCAUCGUCUUUGUUUAAGCACGUACCAGUCCUUAGAUAUCUCAUCUACACCCCAAGCUACCAUUCCCUUCAUCAUUCAGAGAUGAAUACAAAUUUCUGUUUGUUUAUGCCUUUAUACGAUGCUUUGGGGAAUACUUUGAACAAGAAGUCCUGGGAACUCCACCGGAGCGUCAGAACUGGGAACGAAGCGAGAGUUCCAGAUUUCGUCUUCCUUGCACAUGUGGUUGAUGUGCAUUCCUCUGUGCAUGUACCCUUUGUAUUCAGAGCCUUCAGUUCGCAAGCAUUCACCACCAGACUUGUCGUUCUGCCGACAUGGCCAUUUGCCUUCAUAGUGAUGCUCAUCAUGUGGGCGUGGGCAAAAACUUUUGUUGUAUCAUUCUACAUGUUAAGGGGCAAAUUGCAUCAAACUUGGAGCAUCCCCAGGUUUGGAUUUCAGUACUUUUUACCUUUCUCUAGGGACGGGAUCAACAAACACAUUGAAGAAGCAAUCUUGAGCGCAGAUAGACUGGGUGUAAAAGUUAUCAGUCUUGCCGCUUUAAACAAGAAUGAGGCCCUUAAUGGAGGAGGGACAUUGUUUGUCCAGAAGCACCCUAAUUUGAGAGUAAGAGUUGUUCAUGGCAACACAUUGACUGCUGCAGUGAUUCUCAACGAAAUCCCAAAGGAUGUGAAGGAGGUGUUCUUGACAGGCGCUACCUCUAAACUAGGAAGAGCUAUUGCUCUCUAUCUCUGCCGCCGUGGAAUCCGGGUCCUGAUGCUUACUCUUUCUACUGAAAGAUUCCAAGCCAUUCAAAAGGAGGCCCCCACAGAGUGCCAAAAGUUUCUUGUCCAAGUAACAAAAUACCAGGCGGCUCAGAAUUGUAAGACAUGGAUCGUUGGGAAAUGGAUUACACCAAGGGAGCAAAGGUGGGCGCCAAGUGGGACUCAUUUCCACCAAUUUGUGGUACCUCCCAUCCUUGAACUAAGAAGAGACUGCACCUAUGGCAAAUUGGCAGCCAUGAGAGUCCCGGACGAUGUUGAAGGGCUAGGUUCUUGUGAGUAUACCAUGGGAAGGGGGAUUGUCCAUGCAUGCCAUGCAGGAGGUAUGGUGCAUCUUCUAGAAGGGUGGGACCAUCACGAAGUGGGGGCCAUUGACGUGGACAGAAUAGACCUGGUCUGGAACUGUGCACUAAAGCAUGGAUUAAGACCCAUUGAUUCUUGACGUUGUGUAGUCCUACUCAAAGAUUACAGAGGUUAAAAGGAAUUUGUAUUUUUGAUUCUUCAAAAAAGGAAUGCAGAAUUUGUGUUACCUGUAAAAGCCUUUGUACGGUGGCUUCAUGAAGAUGCUGAUGCCAUUGGCAAGGUCCGAUUAAUAUGUAUUUACAUUUGUUUACUCAUGCUAUUUUAUGACUACUAUUCCAAGAAAUUUUAAGAUCCCCAUUUGUUAAA